CUCACCGGCUCUGCUUUCCCCACCUCCCGCCACUCUCAGUCCUCGCCGUACCGGAGCCCCGGGUGCUACCGAACUCCCUGCUCGGUACCGGCGGCUGAGACCCCCCGUCAGCGGUGACCAUGGACCCCAAGGACCGCAAGAAGAUCCAGUUCUCGGUGCCGGCCCCCCCCAGCCAGCUGGACCCCCGCGCCGUGGAGAUGAUCCGGCGGCGGAGGCCCACACCGGCCAUGCUCUUCCAGCUCUCCGAGCACUCAUCCCCAGAGGACGAGUCCCUGCCCUACCAGCGCGAGAGCUGCCUGCUGAAACCAAAGAGGACCAACCCGUGUGCCUACACCCCACCCUCGCUCAAAGCGGUGCAGCGCAUCGUCCAGUCCCACCUGGAGGGUGGCCUGGCCGGGGGGGACAGCUCCGAUGGGGAGGCCGAUGAUGGGGAGCAUGAGCUGGCCCGUGCCUGCGACCCCGACAGUGCCCUGGAGCCUGCGCCCGGGAGCCAGGCCCGAGCGGAGCGGAGCUACUUCAGCGGCCCCAAGGCUCACAAGCGGAAAGGCGGGCAGAAGGUGUCGUUCGCCGGCGGCAUCGAGGAGCGCGGCCAGGACCUGAAGUCGCUGACGGUGUCCGAGAUCCCGGAGGAUCCCGAAGGACUGGAGGAAGAGGAAGAGGAGGACGGCGGCACCGGGGAGCGGCGACACGUCGGCUUCGCCGAGGUUCCAUCUCGCCCCAUCGGCACCGAGCGCCAUUCGCCCACCUACCCCCUGGGUACCAGUUAACCGGCACCGGGACCCAGCACCCCCCCGGCUGCAGCAGCUUCGCCGGUGCCCCCCCCUUGCCCCAUUGCCCCCCAUCGCCCCACUGCUGCCCUGCCUGCGCUUCGUGUGCUGCCCCACACAUGGCCACGGCCACCACGCUUCGCACUGGGGGGUCCCACGCGAGGGGCAGGGACCCCGCCGGGGGGCUGGUGGGGGGACCCCCCUGCCCCACAUCGAGCCGAGCCCCCUGCCCGCAAUAAACGGCUGUACAGAGA